AUGUCUCCGAUAUACCAUGGAUCGUGUCUCUGUCAGUCGGUGAAGAUUACUGUGAGGGGAGAACCUCAGCGAGUCUAUGUUUGCUAUUGCGGAGAUUGUCGCAAGAACUCGGGUCAUCUAGGACAGAUUAACGCACCAUAUGCUGUUGAAGAUGUCACCAUUGACGACCCCGACAAUGUGGUUGGAGAGUAUGUGGUGAAAGUUACAAAGAGCGGGAAACCUAAGCACAAGUUCUUUUGUCUGCGUUGUGGGUGUACUAUUCGGACAGCAUGUGAAUCACUUCCCGGAAAGUCUAUUGUGAGGGUCAUGAUAUUAGAUGAUGCUAACGGGCGAUUUGUUCCAGAAGAGGCGUUAUUCGCCGAAGAGAAGAACAGAUAUACCGGAGGUGUUAAAAGUGAGUAUUUCUAG